CUCACACACACACACACACACACACACACACACAGCUCCUCUUCUCUUCUCUCCUUUCCUCCGUCUCGGCUCCCUCCACCAUGCUGAGGGAAGCCGCAGGAUGCUGGGCUCCAGCGUGUGUGCCUCUCUCUCCCAGCUGCCUGCCUCUCCUCUGAGGGGGGACCCAGCCCACCAGGAGCCCCCCUCCUGGAAGCCCUUCUCCUCCCCGGGACAUCAGCACCAGCAUCAGCAUCAGCAUCAGCAUCAGCAGCAGCAUCAGCAGCAGCAGCAUCAGCGCCGGCACCCCCUCCACCCCGUCCAGCCACUCCAUCAGCAGCAGAAGCAGCAGCCAGAGGAGGAGCGACGGCACGGGGGGCACUCCAUGUGGCGUGUGGCGAUGCGGAGGAGGCGCUACCUGCUGGGCGGCAGCGGCGGCGGCGGACCAGGGGGAGGGUGGCGCGGAGCGGGCAUGGGUAUGGGCAAGACUGCGGGGUCGGGGGGGCACCAGCAGCAGCAGCAGCAGGGAGUGGACUGGCUGUAUGAGUCCUACUACCGUAUGAGUCAGCAGCAUCCCCUCAUCGUGUUCCUGCUGCUCAUCGUCAUGGGAGCGUGUCUGGCACUGCUCGCCGUCUUCUUCGCAUCGGGACUGGACAUUGAGGACCAUGUGGCAUUUGUGAUCACUGUGACCACGGCUCUGGCAGUCUUCUUCAGUGUGUUUGUGCUGGUGUGCAUCGAGGCCGUCUUUAAGAAGCUGCUGCGGCUCUUCUCUCUCCUCAUCUGGGCCUGCCUGCUCGCCAUGGGUUACCUCUUCAUGUUCUUCGGAGGCAUUAUCUGCCCCUGGGACCAGGUGUCCUUCUUCCUGUUCAUCAUCUUUGUGGUGUACACCAUGCUGCCGUUCUCCAUGCGCGACGCCAUCAUCGCCAGUGUCCUCACCGGCUCCUCCCACACACUCACACUCAGUCUGUGUCUGUCCAGCGGCAGCGAGCGCCUGGACCCCCUGGUGUGGCAGAUCUUGGCCAACGUCAUCAUCUUCAUCUGCGGCAACCUGGCAGGGGCCUACCACAAGCACCUGAUGGAGCUGGCUCUCAAGCAGACCUACCAGGACACCUGCAACUGCAUCAAGUCUCCCAUCAAGCUGGAGUUUGAGAAGCGACAGCAGGAGCGCCUGCUCCUGUCCCUGCUGCCGGCCCACAUUGCCCGGGUGAUGAAGGCUGAGAUCAUCCAGCGCCUCCAGGGCCCCAACUUUGGCCAGGUGGAGAACACCAACAACUUCCACAACCUCUACGUGCAGAGACACAUCAAUGUCAGCAUCCUCUAUGCUGAUAUCGUUGGCUUCACACGUCUGGCAACUGAUUGUUCACCAGGGGAACUGGUACAUAUGCUGAAUGAACUGUUUGGGAAAUUUGACCAAAUCGCUAAGGAGAAUGACUGCAUGAGGAUUAAAAUCUUGGGGGACUGUUACUACUGUGUGUCGGGGCUGCCAGAAUCUCUGCCUGACCAUGCCAAGAACUGCGUGAAGAUGGGACUCGACAUGUGUGAGGCCAUCAAGAAGGUACGGGAUGCCACAGGGGUGGACAUUAACAUGCGUGUGGGCGUCCACUCAGGAAACGUCCUCUGUGGAGUCAUUGGCCUGCAGAAAUGGCAGUAUGAUGUCUGGUCACAUGAUGUGACACUGGCCAAUCACAUGGAGGCUGGAGGCGUACCUGGGCGGGUCCACAUCACCUCUGUCACGCUGGAGCACUUGAACGGAGCUUACAAGGUGGAGCCAGGAGAUGGACAGGAGAGAGAGCCUUACCUAAAGGAACAUGGCAUUAGCACCUACCUUGUCAUCAAUCCAAAGGCUGAGAGGCGGAGCCCACAGCACCACUACAGGCCUCGGCAUACUCUGGAAGGGGCGAAGAUGCGGGCGUCGGUCCGGAUGACCCGCUACCUCGAGUCCUGGGGCGCCGCCAAGCCUUUUGCCAAUCUCCAUCACCGGGACAGUAUGACCAAUGAGAAUGGCAAGAUCAACACUGCUGAUGUGCCAAUGGGACAGUACCAUUUCCGCAGGCGGACAGAGAGAACAAAGUCACAGAAGAGGCGCUUUGAAGAGGAAUUUAAUGAGAGAAUGAUUCGCACAUUUGAUGGAAUCAAUUCACAGAAGCAGUGGCUGAAAUCUGAGGACAUUCAGCGAAUAUCUUUAUUUUUCCACAACAAAACACUGGAGAAAGAGUACAGAGCAACCACUCUACCAGCUUUCAAGUACUACGUCACAUGUGCCUGCCUCAUAUUUUUCUGCAUUUUUAUCGUCCAGAUCCUGGUCUUGCCAAAGACGGCCCCCCUCGGGGUCUCGUUUGGCAUGGCCUUCCUGCUGCUCUCGCUCAUCCUGCUCAUCUGCUUCACAGGUCAUUUCAUGCACUGCAGUAAAACCUCUUCGUCCUCCUGGCUCUGGCUCCUGCGGUCGUCCGGAGUCAUCGCCAACAAGCCCUGGCCCCGGAUCACCCUCACCAUGGCAACCACUGCCCUCAUCCUAGUCAUGGCCGUCUUCAACAUGUUCUUUUUGGAUGAGGACCCAACCACUCCGAUCCCUGUUUACAAUAUCUCCAACGAGACCAACAUUUACUUGGAUGGGCCACCAGUGCCUUUCAUAGAGAAGAACAACUUCUACCUUCCUUAUUUCAUCUACUGCUGCAUCCUGGGCCUGAUCUCCUGCUCAGUGUUCCUGCGCAUCAACUACGAGCUGAAGACGCUGAUGAUGCUGACCGCUGUCAUCGCCUACAACACCAUCAUCCUGCACACGCACGCCGCCUUGGACGAAUACAGCAGGUUUCUCUACCAGACAGAAGUGCUGGAUAGGCCUGGUGUCUUGAAGGACCUGAAGACCAUGGGCUCUGUGUCUCUGUUCAUAUUCUUUGUCACACUCCUUGUGUUGGCAAGACAGAAUGAAUAUUACUGUAGGUUGGACUUCCUGUGGAAGAACAAGUUCAAGAAGGAGUGUGAGGAGAUCGAGACCAUGGAGAACCUCAACCGCGUGCUGCUGGAGAACGUUCUACCGGCCCACGUUGCAGAACACUUCCUGGCGCGGAACUGGAAGAAUGAGGAUUUGUACCACCAGUCUUACGAUUUGGUGUGUGUGAUGUUCGCCUCCAUCCCAGACUUCAAAGAGUUCUACACGGAGUCGGACGUCAAUAAGGAGGGCCUGGAAUGCCUUCGGCUCCUGAAUGAAAUCAUAGCAGACUUUGAUGAGCUGCUCUCCAAGCCCAAGUUCAGUGGUGUGGAGAAGAUCAAGACCAUCGGCAGCACCUACAUGGCAGCUACAGGACUCAAUUCCUCUCCAGUGGCCGAGAGCAUACAGCAAGAGCAUGACAGGCAGUAUAUGCAUAUUGGGACCAUGGUGGAGUUUGCCUUCGCUUUGGUCGGAAAGCUGGACGUCAUCAACAAACACUCCUUUAACGACUUCAAACUAAGAGUGGGGAUCAACCAUGGGCCCGUGAUUGCUGGUGUGAUUGGAGCCCAGAAGCCUCAGUAUGACAUCUGGGGCAACACAGUGAAUGUAGCCAGCAGAAUGGACAGCACUGGAGUCUUGGGCAAGAUACAGGUGACGGAGGAGACGAGUGCUGUCCUGUUGGCUCUGGGCUACUCCUGUACCUGCCGAGGCAUCAUUAGUGUGAAGGGCAAAGGGGAACUCACGACCUACUUCGUCCACACCGAGAUGAGCCGCUCCCUGUCACAGGGCAACGUAGUGACAUGAGGUCACUCCUGCUGCGACAACCAAUCAGAGACAGGCGUGUACACAGGACAUCCAAUCACAUACAACCACAGAUGCAGGACAUCCAAUCAGCAAAAAUCAUCAGAAGCAGGACAGCCAAUCAGCAAGAACUAUGAAUUAAGGACAUCCAAUCAGCAAGUGGAACACAGGACACAGGACAGCCAAUCAGCAAGUGCAACACAGGACAGCCAAUCUUAGAAAACCAACAGACGGGAGACAUUCACUCAUCAAAAGCAAUGCCAAUACUUGAGACCGAGUCACAGAAAACUAAAGAAGACACCUUCAUCAGAUAAAAACAAUCUGAGAGGACAACCAAUCAGACAUGUUUUUGUACAUAGCUCUGCCUUCUCUUCAGAUGCACGGAAUGUUGGAUGUAUUUACAAACUUGAAACCAAUUCAGCAGCAUUUCUUCAGUAGGAAUGUUCAUACAGGGUCAAUAUCAUUGGAUGUAUGGUAGCAUAAUGUUUUGUAUGCAAACCAAAUACGACAAAAACUGUUUUGACGUUUUAUCACUAUUGUCGUUGUUCUUUUUUUUGGUUCUUUUUUUAUUUUUUAAAAGCCUAUUCAUUAAACUUUGUAUCUAUUAAUCUCGGCCUCAAGCUCAAAAUUAAUUUGUGUAUGUGAAAUGGAUGUCUGGAGACUGAACAGAUCAGUCUGUGUAACUGCAUCUGCUGAAUUUUACCACAGUCACACAUGAAACACAUUUGUGAGAGAUGCAGCAGAAACUUCAGCAGAGCAGGUUUCUAUAACUGGUGUUUGUAUCUAGGGGUGCAGUAGAGUCCCUGAUGGCAGGAGGUUACGGGGCAUAUCUGG